AUGGCUCCACGCAGACGUAAACAGGAGGAAGACGAUGAUGAGGAAGAGGAGGAGCUUGUAGCUCUUCCUAGCGACGACGACGAAGAGGAAGAAGAAUACGAGGACUCUGAGGGAGAAGGAGAAGACGACGACGGCCAAGAAGAGGAGGAAGAGGAAGAAGCUGAGGGUGAAGGCGAGGAAGGAGAAGACGAAGAAGAGGAAAAAGAAGCUCCUCCAAGCAAGAAACGCAAGCUCGAAGAAGGUGCCGCUUCUUCAGCUAAGAAGACAAAGACCGACGAGGAUGAUGAAGACGAAGAGAACGGAGACGUUGAAGACGACGCUGACGAGCAAGAACAAGAAGAAGACGAGCCGGCCGUAAAGACAAAGGUCAUCAAGGGCUCUGAGACGAAGCAGGAAGCUGCUACUGCCAAAGACGAGGCUUAUGAAGAGGAAGAGGCAUAA